AUGAAGGAGGCCCUCGUGGCUGCCACCAUCAACGCUGCCGGUACUGCACUGCUCAUUUCCCUCCUCGUUCGAGUGCGACGCACGGCCGACGGCGAGGACAAGGUGAGCGUCGAGGGCCUCCUGUGCGCCUCCAUCGGCAAGAAGGGCGGCGCCAAGGGCGGCGACGAGCAGGGCUCGUGGGAGUGGAACGAGAGCCUCUACGAGUUCGUGUGGAGGCCCGACCUAGCCCUGCUGGUCCACGGCGCCGACGGCCUCGUCGCGCAGGCCGUGCCGCCGACCGACGCCGCGUGGGACGACGAGCCCGAGCGCGUGGCGCUCGCCUACCUGCGCCGCGUCGCUGCCUCGUUCGAGGCGAGCCCCGAGAAGCGCGAGCGCAUCGUGCCCCUCUACCGCCCGCUCUACGACUGGCUCGAGGCCACCGUGCGCGCCACGGCCGAGCAGGCCGCCGCCGAGAACGUGCCCGCCGAGGAGGAGCUCCAGGCGCUCAAGGACGAGAGCCUCGUGGUGCACCGCAUCGGGUACCACCUGGAGGAGAUCCUGCUGGGCACCACGGACCCGCUCUCGUUGCUGUUCAAGGACGACACGGUGUACCGCGUGUACGAGAAGGGUCCCACCUUCUACCGGGCCAACCAGAUCCUCGGGCAGGCGCUCGACCUGGACUGCCCGCUGCCCCACAAUGCGCCCCUUGUCGGCUUCUCGCGCGUGAUGAAGAACGAGCGCCCGGGCAUCAAGAGCUGCGUCGUCGACGUCUACCCGCGCUUCACGCCCGCGCAGGUGGCGGCCAGCGUCUUCGAGGCGCUCGCGUCGCCGCACGUGCGCGACGAGGAGGAGCUCGUCGUGCGUCAAGGCGCCGCCGCCUCCGAGCGGCCGGUGGUGCACGUGCCGCGCGUGGCGGCCAAGAAGUCGCAACGUGGCAACGCGUUCACGUUGUUGUCCGGCACCUCCGAGAGCAGCAGCGGCAACACGUCGAUCACCGUGGCGGUACCGGGAACGUGA